AUCAAUUACAUUGAGGCAACACAAAUCGCGGAUCGGACAAAACAAGACAAGGGACCGCUUCCUGUCCUCUGUCAGAGGGGUCGAUAUGCUUGCUAUCAAACGUUUCGGGGGCAUAAAUCCUCUUUUAAAAAUACUUCAGAAUUCAAGUUUGAAGUGCAUGUCUACAUCUUCUAGUGUGAUCCAGCGAAAGGAUAUGCUUGUGCAAAUGGAGAACCCCUACAAAGAGCCACAAAAGGGAUGCGUCCUUUGCAAUGUAAAUAUUGACUACAAAAACAUACAGCUACUCUCCCAGUUUAUUUCACCUCACACAGGGAGAAUUUAUGGUCGACACUUAACAGGCUUGUGUGGAAAAAAACAAAAAGAAAUCUCAAAAGCCAUCAAGAAAGCUCAGUCUAUGGGUUUCAUGCCAGUAACACACAAGCAUCCACAGUUUAUGCGAGACCCCAACAUCUGCAGCACCAAACACUUGGGAUAGUUCAUUUAGAUUUUUUUUUUGUAUACAAUAAAAUUCUUCAAACUUUU